AAUCUUUCCAGGGGAAAACAGUGUGCAAAUCAAACGUCAAAACAAAGAUCGAUUUUCAGCGUGGUUCUUGUGCUAAUUUGUUGCUCGGAUUCUAGAUAAUUUUCAACACAGAAAACAUCCCUGGACCGGUGGAAACAUUCGAUAGUUUAUAGGCUGGCCAAUAAACGGCUUCCAGGGACAAGAUGUCACUAAAAAUCACAGGCAAAACCGAAGGACAGCUUCAGCUUCAUCUUUACACCAAGCAAAAACAGUUCGCCGUGCCGGAUGUUCCAUACUCAGUUCGGGCUAAUAUCGACAGCAAAGAAUUAAAUGUACUCGUUAAUACAUUACUGAAGGACUCGGGGAAUUCGGAAGCUGGCAAAGUCGAAUUUGACUUUCUACUGAACGCGGAAUUUGUCAAAAUUCCACUAGGGCAACAUUUGAAGGAGAGAGAUAUUUCCUUUGAAGAUACAGUUGAGAUAGAAUAUGUCGAACGAUAUCCGGCUCCAGAACCACAAGAUUGUCUGCUUCAUGACGAUUGGGUUUCCGCGGUAGAGGCGAAAGAUAAAUGGAUUCUAACCGGAUGCUAUGAUAACACAUUGAAUAUCUGGACAUCGAAAGGAAAACACAAACUGACAAUACCAGGGCAUAUCGCUCCGGUCAAAGGGGUUACCUGGAUUUCUCUAGACGAAGAGAAAGGCGUUUUCGCCAGUGCUUCCCAGGACCAAACUGUAAUGCUAUGGGAAUGGAACGUGGCGGCGAAUUCCGUAGAAUGUGUCCAGGUGUGCAAAGGACACGAACGGGGAGUCGAUUGUAUUGCGGUGAAUUCUAGCAAAACUAGAAUGGCAACCGGAAGCUGGGAUACGAUGUUGAAAGUCUGGUCAACAGAUGUAAGAAGCGAGGGCGAAUCGCAACCCUCCACCAGUAAGCGGCAGAAGUUGGAUCAAAACAAUGCGAGAACACCAAUAUUGACACUUGCUGGGCAUCGUGAAUGUGUAUCGGGUGUACAGUGGAUCGAUGAUAACACAAUUGUGACAUCUUCAUGGGAUCAUACAAUUAAAAUUUGGGAUCUGGCACUCAAUGGCAUUAAGUCGGAGAUUUGCGGACAAAAAUCCUUCUUCGAUUUGAGUUAUUCCAAACUGAAUGGAUUAAUCAUUGCCGCAUCUCCGGACAAAAAUCUCAGGCUAUACGAUCCUAAAUCGAAUCAAGGAACAAUUGUCAAGAAUACUUACUUCGGACAUACGCAAUGGGUGCAAUCGGUCUGCUGGAGUACGACCAGUGAAUAUCUUUUCGUUUCGGGAGCAUAUGACAAUCACGUGAAACUUUGGGAUUAUCGCAGUCCCAAGGCGCCUAUUUUUGAGCUCAUUGGACAUGAAGACAAAGUACUGGCGUGUGACUGGUCCAAUCCAAAAUUUAUUCUUUCUGGUGGCUCGGACAAUUCUGUUCGAGUAUUUAAAUCUAAAAUUGCGCUGGGCGCUGAAAAGUAACUCCGGCGUUUAUAUGCGUUGAAAUAUGAAUGUAUCAUUCAUGUUUAAUUAUGUUAGAUGUGGAGUAUAUUUGACUAUUGUAUUUGUUUUUUGAGUGAAUAAAAACGAGAACACACGAAAUUUCUUCUAUCGACGAGUAAAGCAACGAAUGUAUAUUUUAUUUAGCAGGUUUCAUCAAAAUUUUCUACAAUUGUUAUUAUCUAAUACACACGUGUGAUGCUCGAUCGUUUCUUCA